AGCACGUGUCCCCCGCGAAACCCUAACACCUUUCCCUUCUCUUUCUUCCCCAUUUCCUUUCCUCCUCAUCGACUCAUUCUUCCCAUUACAGCUACCACGCACACCAUCACACUGGAUCACUUCUUUUUAAUACUACCAACUACCCAACUUUGUUUCUCACCCUCCCAAACUGUUUCAAACGCCAAUUAUAGAAACAAUAAUUUCUUCUCGUAUUUUUCACUUCUUUUCUUCUUUUCUAAUCCUCAAUUUUCAACCCUUUGAUCAAGCAAAUACUAGAAGGGAAAAAAAGAAGAAGAGCAUUCUUUAUAUAAAUUCCCUUCCACUUCACUUUCCUCUUCAACGCCUUUAAACAGGUGCUUUCUAAAAGUGGUCGAGGACAUACAGAUUUGAUUCUUGAUUUGUUGAAAUUAAGACGUUUACAUAAGUGAUAUGGGAACGGAAGAGGAGAGCACACCAGCCAAGCCUUCCAAACCUACUGCCUCAACCCAGGAAAUGCCAACAACAGUGUCAUAUCCUGAUUGGUCGACCCAAAUGCAGGCUUAUUAUGGUGCUGCAGCUACUCCUCCAUUAUUUGCCUCAACCGUUGCUUCACCAACCCCGCAUCCAUACAUAUGGGGAGGCCAGCAUCCUCUAAUGCCUCCAUAUGGUACCCCGGUUCCGUACCCAGCUGUAUAUCCUCCAAGGGGAGUGUAUGCGCAUCCUAAUAUGGCACCAAUGCCAAGUUCUGCACGGAAUAAUGGUGCUGAUGGAAAGGAUCGGGGUGCGACCAAAAAGCCCAAGGGAUCUUCGGGAAGCAAAGUUGGAGAGAGUGCAAAGGCCACUUCAGGCUCGGGAAACGAUGGCGGCUCUCAAAGUGGUGAAAGUGGCAGCGAGGGUACAUCAGACAGAAGUGAUGAGAGUAAUCAACAAGAAGUCAAUGCUGGCAAAAAGGGAAGCUUUGAGCAGAUGCUUGCAGAUGCCAAUGCACAGGGUAAAGCUGCUGGGGCUUUAGUUCCCGCAGAACCCAUAGUCUCUAUGCCUGCAACUACUUUGAAUAUAGGAAUGGACCUAUGGAGUGCUUCCCCUGCUGCCACAGGAGCUCCAAAAACCAGACCUAACGCAUCUGGCACUGUAGCCACUGUUCCUGCUGGUGCUGUGAUGCCUGAUCAGUGGAUUCAAGAUGAACGUGAGUUGAAAAGACAGAAGAGGAAGCAGUCUAACAGGGAAUCUGCUCGGAGGUCAAGGUUACGCAAGCAGGCCGAGUGUGAAGAGCUUCAAGCCAAGGUGGAGAGCUUGGCAAAUGAAAACCACACCCUUAGAGAUGAGUUAAAGAAGCUGUCAGAUGAAUGCGAGAAGCUUACAUCUGAAAAUAGUUCUAUCAAGGAUGAGUUGAUGCGGAUAUGCGGACCAGAAGCGAUAAGUAACCUGGAGCAAGGCAACCCUUCUCCAGUUGGUGAAGCAGGAGGUGAUGAGGGGAAUGGUUAAUAAGAACCCUACGGAGAUAACUUGAAGGGCAGUUCAGUGAUUUCUUGGCAUCCAUGAUUGUUCUUUUUACCAUUUCUUGACUCGAUAGGUCAUUUGUUUUUAUUACUAAUUUAUACCCUUUUAACCCUUUAUAACUGUAAUUUUAUUUUACAAGAAAAAAGGAAAGACUUUUAACCAGAGUUCAAGUUGUUGUGUUGAUGUAGUCUAUUGAGAAUAAUUUGAGAAUUUUUUACCACAUUUUGAUAUAGUGUAGUGUUCUUAUUUAAGAUCCA